AUGUGUUUGGCUGAGUCAGACAAAGCUAACGGUGGUGCUUCUGCAGAUGUCUCUCGGGUAAAAGAUAACUGGGCCGAUGUUCGAACAACAAGAUCUCGGGUUUCUGGGACUGGCUGGAAGCCAUGGCUUCUAGAUGGAUAUUAUCAGGAGUUCUAUGAGCGCAAAGCUCGUCCGCGACGUUGUGCGGUGGACGCGCCCUCUCGGAGCUCCUUCGAGGCUGCUGCCGUCUUCGAUACCGAUCCUUUGGCAUUUCCGGCCCGAGAAUCCUCGGCUUUCACUCGGGGGGUGCGCGCGUUUAAGGCAAUGGUCAUCAGGCAGCCGGAUGAGUCGCAAUUACUUCCGACAUUCUCGGCGGAGGGUGAUGCCAUUGAACAAUUACCUACGCGGCUAAGUGCGCUCGUUAAUUCCUCAGUUACUGCGGCUGCUCCUCCCGACGGCGGACUUUUCGGGGUGUCGCCUACGAGCAAUUCCAUGAUACCGGCCACCAGCAGCGUGAUUGAGGUAUCCCGAUGGUUGCUGGGGUUGUCCCGUGCCUCAUGGCAGCAGGUCUGUCGCGCGGGGAGCGAGUAUAUGGAGAACAUGCCUGCUUGGCCUAGUCUUCGCGAAGCCAGCCAACCCAUCGACCUCUCACGACACGACAACCACACCACCUCCUCUCAUCCGACAGUCCCACAUAACCACGCGCCCCGCGAACAACCUAUACCCCCCAAAGCAGUAGUUGUGAAUCGCAGCGACGACGUCGAUGACACCAGUCAUUCCGCAUCAACGCCAAGCGCUACGCCGCCCCCGCCGGCGCUCUCCCAAAACAGCACCGCAACGACUGCUGGCCAGUCCAAAGUUGCGGGAUUCCAGCAGGAGACAGAGCACAUGCGCCGGGGAAGCUGCAUGGCCAUAGUGAUCGGCCUAGUGGUGGGCGUGAUGUGGUUUUAG